AUGCAACCUGCAGCUUCGCAUGUUGGUAUGGCAGAGCAGACCAGUCACGAUGUGGUAAACCAAACCCGGUCGGGCGGCGAGCCUUCGCCUUCCGACGUUCCUGCGAGCAAACCCGACAAGGAAUCUGCUGGAGGGGACGUGGGGGGAAUCGACGACAACGCAGUCACAGCGCAAGGCGACUCAUCAACGGUUGGGCAGCACCUGGAUGAAAAGAAAAAUGACUCUGUUUCUCCAAAAGAGAAACAGGAGAAUGAAAAGCUUUCCGGUGAACGGGCUGCGGACAGCGGCAAACAAGGUCCAGGCGCCGUGGCAACCAGAGCACUAGAACUCAACGGGGUUACAUCGACGUCAGAUGGUGGAGAGGAUACUGGCUCAUUGGGGGGUUCAGAGUCGGACACCAGUCGAACAGAUGGCAAACAUCAUGUUCGUGCAAGCUCGGUCAAGAAGCCAACGACAUUCAAGCCGGUUUCGUUCACCAAGUUUUCAGUCCCCAAAGCUCCAGGCUCUGCGCCACCUUCGAAAACAGGUGACAAAGUAACCCUAUCAUCCACGUCAUCGAGCGCGUCUCCACAGCCUAGCACAAGACCGCGUCUGGUCGCGAAGACUACUAGUGGACUACGAGAUUCCGCAUCCAAGACUCUCACGACAGGAUUGAAGAGCGCAGGAAGUGGUCCCGACCCAAGUCAGGUUUGGAACAAAAACCGACCCGCGCAGCCCCCGCCUUCGAAGCAUCUUACGGAUGAAGAACUAAAGCAACAGUACGGCAUACACAUGACGUCUCGUAUCCAAGAAGACGGCAGUGGGACGGAAGCAAAGUGGGCAGACAUCGAUGACGACGAGGAUGACUGGGCCCCGGAGACGAUUGAAUGGAACGACGGGACUAAAAUUACACUCACCCAUACUGAAAGUAGUGUGUCGGCUCCUACUCAAGACGAAAAGCGGUCCAAGGAUGUGAAAGAUACUCCACCUGCUGAUCAGUCCACAAGUCGUGAUACUUCCAAGGUCCUCUUCUCCAAGUCUUCGACCACCGUUGGACCAAAUGCGACUGUACUUCGGCUUGGGGCAAACGCAGAAAGACAACAACAACAAGCAAAGGCUGCUAUCACAUCAAAAGCUGGAAACGAAAAGCCUGCUUUGACGGCAAAGAGCCCGGCUCCUCCACCUGUUAAAUCGCCUUGGGCACCCCUGCCGCCUAUUGACAAAGUAUCGCCAGUCAACCCACCAGUCCAAGCCCAACCACCCAUGCGCUUUCCUCAGAGAGAGCAGCAGCAGGGUCCCGAUACCGCUCCUGGGCCCCAGCCUGCACGGGAAAUCGCAGCGGAUGACUUCAAUCGAUCUUGGAGGGAUAACCAUACUAACGUUACCAGAGAGCUUUACAACUCUCAGUCAGGACGAUAUGAACCUGUCCAUGACACCCGAAAGGCUUCGCGGAACGAACCACAGAUGCGCACACCCUCCCUUUUACAACGACCGACUCACAAUGAACAAACCGGGCCCGCAGAACCUUCGCCUGCUUUUCAAACGCAUAGGACGAGCAACCAGGAAGGUAGCCAUUGGACUCGACGGCGUACAUCGUCAAACGUUAGUGGGGGGAGCGGUAGCUACGGUCGUCGCAUGUCCUUAGGAAGACCAGAUGGUCUUUCAAAGUUCCACGACUUACGGAGAGGUUCUCAAGCCAAUGGAGUUCUUGAGCAAUCAGCGUCUCCCAGCGAGACAUCGCUUUCAAAGGAAGCUGCAGCACGAGGAGCCUCACCUAAUCAGCAAUCUACUGACCCAGGCUGGCAGCCUCGGUCUUCGGCAAACAUGACCUAUGCUCCUCCUGGGUCCCAUGCCGGUGUGCCUCAGACUGGAGCACCGUCAGCUUCAAAUGAGCAGAACGGAGCCCAGAUUAUGGAGGAAGAUCCUAUAGCUAUGCAGCAACGUAUCAUGAGGGAAAAGAGGAUAGAAGCUCGUCAGCGGAGGAUGGAGCAAGAGCAAAGGGAGGAAGCUGAACGACGUGAACGGAUUCGCUUGAAGCUGGAAGCUUUGGGGCCCCUUCCGAGUAAGGACAAGGACAAAGAGAAGGAGAAGGAGAAAGAGAAGGAGAAGGAGAAGGAGAAAGAAAUGGAGAAGGAAAAGGAGAAACCGAAGACUCAGGACGAACCAGCUGCUACGAAGCCAACCACGAAGGAGCCUGCUGCGCCGGCUUCUACAUCUUCGGCGCCCACCCAGUCCCCUCCUAAACCUCCCGUUCCUGAACCUUCUGGAGAGCCCAAGCAGUACGGGAUGAUGAAGGUACACCAUCCUGAGUCAGUGAAAAAGCUUGUCGCGGCUAGUGAGAGUGUCUCUGAGAAGUCUUCUCCUGCUGUUGCUCCCGGCCAGCAUGGUGUAUCUCCAACACGCGACGAUGCUUCCAAGCCAAAUGGGAUACAGCAACACGAAGAGUCCUCCCACAACCAAAAACAGGAUCAACAUAGAGAACCGGCACUGGAUGACAAAGGUGCACCGUGGAGAGGGAACCUUAAUAACCAGAGCUCAUAUUCUCCGUGGGGUCCCGGGUCCAAGCUCGGCAGCCACACUUCACAAAGUGCAAAUCCGUGGAAACCUCUGAGUAGCGACAAGACAUUGGGUAAUGGCACUUUCGAUCGGAAUCUUACAACUUUCUCUCCGCGAGAAUUGCCAUUACGUGGCCAUGUCGGUCUUUCUGAACCGCCGCCCAUUGGGCCAAUAUCGAACAAUUCUGAUAAAAUCGGGGGUCCGCAGCCGUUUUCUGGCUCAAGGAUUUCGCAAGAGAAUCAACCUUCGUUUACGUCUCUUCCCUCACCGGAACCAAAGCAUGCCCCGUAUGAACCUUUCAAUCCAAUCGCUAGACCAAGGCCGAUUGGACCUCCAGGUUCUCAUCCCAACCAUUGGCAGACAGAAACCCGUCGUAGCGCUGAAACUGCUACCUCAGCCUGGCACAAUUUCCAUGCCGUCGCGGCAAAGAAAGAUGCCGAAGACAGUGAAAGGUUUCAUCGUGAACUCAACGCGAUGCGUGACGAAGGAGCUGCUUCACUGCAAGUCAGCUUCAACGAAACUUGGCGCCAGGUUCGUCCCGGAGACCAAGCUGGUCAAAGACAGGUUAUUGGAGUAUCGCGAUCCAAUGACGCCGCCGGAACUCUGGCACCCCUUCACAGUUUUGAUGCCGUUGAUGGCUUGCCCUUUGCAGAAAAUCAUGCUCGUCCUUUCGGCAAUGUCACCGGCCGGGGUUCUCGCUUCUUCCCUCCUACGACUGAUGUAAAGCGGGUGGUGAGCGUGGACGAGGGACGAGCUCGAAGUCCGUCUCCGCCACCUCCAGAGGAAGUCUCAAGCCAUCCUGUGUUCACUGGUGAUUCUCAGCGACCGCUAGUCCAUCUUCCAACUCCAAAGCCUGUUGUCAAGCUGCCGCCGAAGACCAAUCCGCCUCCUCCGAAACCGGCGACCUUUGCGUCUACGGUAGCGGCAACUCCUCGCCCUGCUAAUAAUAAUAAUCCUUCUGCAGGCGCUACGUCGUGGCAAGAUCGAAUUAACGAUCUGUUUGGCAAGAAGGCACCAACCGAAAAGAAGAACACCUUAGCGGUUACCUCAGCCACGAAAGAACCCCUCGAUGUCCAAUCUCAACCGUCUCCCGCCGCGGUCUCAUUCCCUCAAAUCACUGAGAGCGAGCUCGAGAAGGACGCUGGUAAAGUGACGUCCAAAGAAGUCGAAGAAGAAGAAGAGAUCUUCGAAGACCGGGAGGCGGGAUCUUUACCUGUUGUUCGUGUACCAGACAUGGCACCGCCAAUGGCCUGGCGUGCUGCGCUUCCUCCUCCGCCACGCUUGCGUCCCAAAAUUCUCAAGCCGAUGCAAGUUCAUAGCGUCGAACCAUUCGUUGUUGGACUUCUUGACAAGGAUGCCUCUGGCAACUUGCAGGUGAUGAUUCAUUUCCCGGGCAGUGAAAAUACAAAGACAGUAACUUUGCCGAAGAAACCAGGAGGGAAUCACGGGUCGCGCCAGAAGGGGACGUCUAACUACAGGUCUCGAAAGAACGCCAAACCCAGAGAUGCAUCCGGAGGUUUUAAUGCAUCUCACGGUUCAAAGAGACAGAAUUCCUCUGCACACGGGAAAGGAAACGCAUCUUCCUCACGCGGCGGUUUCGGGCAAGGAUCAUGGGGGCCACGCGUGCCGGCUGGUGUAGCUCACUAG